AUGGUGUCAAAAGCCGGCCUACGAUGCCUCAACCAGGCAAUGGCUGCCCUCAGAGUGUCUGCCAAGCCAGCAACUCUCAGCAAUGCCGUCACCCGGUCAAUGGCCACUGAAGUGCCCGCCCGCACCAUCACAAGAUCCGCAUCGACACAGUCCAUAAUGCAGUCGUGGAACCCCACAUCCACCGUCCCCGUAACCAUCCACAGCUUUCCCUCUCUAGAACCAACCUCUGUCGAGAAAUGGCCCGUUCACCACCUCUACCUCCCUCUUCGCCGCGACAUCCUCCACCACGCCAUCGUCUACGAAGGCGACAACACUCGGCAAGGCACUGCCUCCAGCAAAACCCGCUACGAGGUCCACGGUUCCCACCGCAAAAUCCGUCCACAAAAGGGAACAGGACGUGCGCGGUUGGGAACCAAGCAAAGUCCCUUACUUCGCGGUGGUGGCAAAACCUUUGGCCCCAAGCCUCGCGACUUCGGAACCAAGCUCAACCGCAAAGUCUACGAUAAAGCGUGGCGAACAGCCCUGAGCUACCGCUACAGACGUGGUGAGCUGAUCAUUUGCGAGGACGGCAUGGAGCUUACCAUGCCGUCCGACUUUGAGAUGCUGGCUGCCAAGUACAUGAAGGAUGGGCUCCUGGAGUCCUACCUCAAGAAAUACAUGACCAGCGUGCUGGCUACUCUUGGUCUAGGUCGUGCUGAUGGUCGCACGCUGUUUGUUACGGGCGAGCCAAGUAAGCGGUUGUACGAGGCAAUGGAGCAGGUUCCCUGGGAGGGACGGGCCUUGAACCUUGAAGAUGUAGAUGUCAAGGAUUUGCUGGAGACGGGCAAAGUGGUUAUGGAGAGGAGAGUACUGAAGGAGAUGAUUGAAAGGCACCAGAGUGAUCUGGUUGCUCGUGUUGUGGCCGAUGGGAUUCCGAAAAGUGGCCCUUCCACUGGUGAAAUCGUCUUGUAG